AUGGGUAGGCUGAGGCAUGUAGAAAAAAGGAUGCAGGCUUUGGAUGACACCACCACAUACAAGCUAAUCAGUUGGGACUCUAUGGAAACCAUUAAGUCUAGAAUCAGAAGUUGCCAGCAGAGUUGUGCAACAAACGGGGAACUGGAAAAGUUGAAGAUGAACACGCUUGUUCAACGAGAUUCUAGCCCUCUGAAUGCAUAUGGUCUGCCCAAAAUACGUCAAGAUGGAGUGCUACUUGGAAUUAUUGUGAAUAAUGGGGGAAGUGUGAUUUAUCAAACAUCACGUUUUAUUUGUAAUCGGUUGAAGCAAAUCUCCGAGACGUGGAAGACGAAAGCCCAGCACGGAUUCAUCGAGGCCGCAGGCCGGUGCGCCGAGGACCUAUUCGCACAAAUCUACAACCACAGCUCCAAGGUAACCCCCGCCUACGGCCUCAAGUGGAGCCAACUUACGAGCGAGAUGAAAGUUUCAACAAAUAUCGUCUUCAAAGUUAUGAAGCAUAAGACAGCAGCCAGGCCAAAUGUGAGUGAUGAUGAGCGCAUACGAGAAAAGGGAAUGAGUGAGGCGAGAAAUGAAUUAACAAAAAGAGGAAAAAAUAAGGUGCCUAAGAGAUCAGAAGACAGUAGCAGUACGCACAGAAAGAGAAUUUGCGACUCAGUUGGCCGAUUCCAGAUGCAUGACCCCAGAAGAUCAAGCCUGCCUCGCAGAACAGCCAACGCUAACAGCUGCUUGGUGUCGCAAUGUGUGCUGCAAGCCAGUUUUUGGAGGCUCGCAAUUUACAAAAUCGGUUCAAAUGGCAAGGAGUGUUUGAGCCGAUAG